UCACGUGAUCUACAUAUCAACAACAAGAUCACGUGAUGAUACAAAAUGGCUGAAAAACACAGAGGAAAACUUCCAUUCGCUUUGUCGGAGAAAUUGAAAACAAAUCUUCUCUCUGUUCCUUUAGUCACGUAGAAACGUUUUUAGAACUAGUAUUAAAGACACAGGAAACACAUAAUCAAGUUUUUGAAGAUAUUAUUAAAUCAAUAUAAUAUUAUGGAUAAACUGAAGACAGUGAAGUCCCGAUUCCUGUGCAACAUACAUGAUCAGACGAAUACUGACUGACACGAGGGUUCAAGUUCUUGAGAGAUGGAAAAAAGCGUAAAUGUUUAUCGAAUCUGAAACUACUGAGUUCUGCCAAGGAUAAACUAUUCGAAGACGAUGUAUAACUAUUAACGAUGAGAUACAGCGUGUCAAGCAGAAUCGGUAAAGAUGGAAAUCGGUGACACUGAAAUAUAUGUGACAGGCUAUUUGUCCACAACAUUGUUUAACACAAACCAGGACCAUUCCAUUAACAUGUGUGUUUUACAGAUGCCAGUGAUGAUAGGCUUAGAAAUAGAAUGAAUAAUUACAACUUCCAAAUGAUAUUUAUAUGGGUUCUUCUGUAUUCAAAUAUCACAAUAAUAAACGGAAAAUAAAAAAUUCUAAUGUUCUAUGUCUAUUUAUUCUUUACCAGGUGCAAAUAAAUAUUCUGGAAAUUUAAAAAAGAAGUAUAGAAGGUCACAAAAAUCUGCAUUUAAAGAAACAAAAUAAUACAGUCUCAUGUUCAGCGAAUCAUUAGACAUGUUCAGCGAAUCAUUAGACAUGCUAAAACUUUUACACAAUUACAUUUGGAGUUGCCCUGUGUUGGUAUUGUCGUCCUCAGGACAUCUUUUGUGACACCUUCUACCACUAUUUGGUAUGAGCUGUGGAACUGAUCUGAGUGAUCCACUGAUCUAUUUAUUCGAACUUGUCGCCUUGUGAUUUUAUGCAUUAUAUCCAAGGGUUUGGAUUAUUUGAAAUGGAAUUUGUUUAUAGAAAUUCAUGUUGUGACAGUUAUGACAUUUACAUACACAUAUUUGCGACAAAUAAUUAAAGUAAAGCAAUACACAUGCAAGGUUCAUCUAUACAAGGCAAUCACUAAAAUUAGGGGGAAAAUGUAUUUAGCCAAACUCUGUCUAUGCAUAACAUUUUGGACAGUUUAGAAAUACAAGUUAUAGUCAAUGAUAGUCAUAUUAUAUUUGCGUUCCAAAGAGGAUCAUCAUGAUAUUAGCACAUUAAAUAUAUUAAUUGAUUUUAUAAUAAGAGUUGGAUGCCUCAGACGUCUAUUUAAAAAAUCAGCUGAAACAUUUGGACUGCAACAUCAGGAGUCAAGUGUUUGACCCACACUUCACCCAGCUUUGAAUGAGUAUGUAACGACAGUGCAAAGUUUGCAGCACAAAAAUCUGUUAUGGCACCAUGGAUUGGUAUAUUCUCCUAAGAGAUGAGAAUGAGUGCAGUGGGUGCGUUUGAUGUCUUAUGAUCGGGUAAUAAUUGUACCGUCAGAGAGAAGUUCUAGAUUGGAUACUAGACAUUAACAUUACAAUUAUUUAUUAUUAUAAAACUCAAGGUGGUGUGGACUGUCUGUUGCCAUGUUAUCAUAGUCGGUUAAUAUUCUAAAUAGCCCAUACUCGUGCUUACAUUUAUAUUACAAAUCAGUAAUAGGAUUGAACCCAUCAGUCAGAACUUGCCUGUCAUGGUUAUUAUUUUGAAUUUGAAUUUCAGUCAUCCACAAUUAUGCAAUUUGGAUUUGAAUUUGGAUCAGAUCUGUCAUAAUUUGUAUCAACUUGGAACUGUCAAAAUGUGUUUCAGAUCUCUUUGAAAGGCUUUCAGUUUCGAGUGAUGAAAAUGUAUUAAAAUAUUGUAAUAAUACAUGGUUCAGACCACUUCGAUCUGACACACACCUCUAGUGCCAAAGUCAUAACAAUUCAGUCUGCUUAAUAAAAGUACAUUUCAACAUAAAUUGCUGACCUUUGCAAUAAACAAUAGAAAGAGAAAUAUUAAAUACCUUUUCCAAUCCAGAAUCAUGAUGUAAAGCAAGAUAUUGUAUCCUAACAUAAGCAGCUGUUUGAAACUAUGGUUGUGGCAAUGCUGUAAUCUGCAAAGAAAUAUAAUCUUUCAAACAGCCAAACGAAAAUUUUCAACGGAUGCUGUAUCCAUACUGGAAAGGCACUUUGCCAAAGGAUCGCUUCAAUCUACAGGGAAGAAGUGCGAUUUUGAGAUAAACCUUGCUGCUCAGGAAUCCGGAUUGGGUUUUAAUCAAGUGAGCGAUUGGAUAUCAAAUAAAAAACGAAAACUGAGCAGCAGGGUUUACAAGUCUGUCAAAGGGACAACAAAUGGGUACAACCUAUUUUGUAGAGAACAAGGUGCAGAAGGAAUUCAUGAUUUUCAACGGUGGGGGGAUGCAUGGAAUGGCAUGUCCCAAGCUGCCAAGUUAAUCUACAAUGAGAGGGCUAGGGAAGCGGAAAACUUGCCUUUCAAUGAACGGCCUAAAAGUGAACAGUCAGAUAUCAAAAAAGGACUACUGAAACAAUUAGAUAAUAUACUACAAAAACUUCAUAACUGCUCGGUGGAUGUUGCCGCUGUGGCAAUCGAGGGGAUUACCAUCCAUUUCCUAGGCCCCAAAGAUGGGCCGGUCCUCCGAUUACUCCGGGAUAAGGAAGAAGAAAUGGUUGAUCGAGUGAUCAGGAACAAGUAUGCUCCGAAUGAUAACAUGAAGGAGGAUGUGAGAAACAUUCGGAAAAGAGCACAAGAGCAUUUCAACCAACUUUAUGCUUCAGCUACUAGAUCCAGCAAGACAUUUCCCUAUAAAGCCGUUGAUUGUGGUACUAUUAUCAUUGAGGGCCUCCCAGAUGAGCUUGUUCCCCUAAAGGUCCCGUCAAAAUAUGGCAUUGCUAAAUUAAAGAAGAUGCUUGAUGUAAAAUUGAUACAUAUUAAAAGAAAUGAACAAGCACUCACCAGUACAUUGCAUAUACCAACAGACUCUCACACUAUCCCACAGACAGACAUUGACACAAUCACACAGGCAGACAUCCAGACAUUCACACAGGCAGACAUCCAGACUAUCACACAAGCAAACAUCCAGACAAUCCCACAGGCAGAAAUCCAGUUUAUCACACAGACAGACAUUGACACACCCACACAGGCAAACAACCAGACUAUCACACAGGCAGACAUCCAGACUAUCACACAGGCAGACAACCAGACUAUCACACAGGCAGACAUCCCCAUUAUUACACAAAAAGACAUCUACAUAAUCCAAGAGACAGACAUUCACACUAACACACAGACUAACACACACAGAGACACACAGACUAACACACACACAGACCCUCACACUAACACACAGACAGACCUUCGCUCUAACACACAGAUUCAUCUGGACACAGCUGUUAAAGGAGAAUUGAACAACGAUUAUGAAGUGGAGCGUAUUGUGCGUAAGAGGCGAAGAAGGGGAACCAAUGAAUACCUGUUACGAUGGAAGGGUUUUUCUUCGCAAGAUGACACCUGGGAAAAGGAAGAACAUUUGAACAAAGUUUUAUUACAAAUUGCUAAACAAAUUUAGAUGAUAUCAUGAUAUAGGUCAUGACAUAUAUUACUUGUGUCAAUAUGUGUUUGAAUACCUGCAACCUUAUUUACUUACCUCCUCUUUAGAUGAUAUCAUGAUAUAGGUCAUGACAUAUAUUACUUGUGUCAAUAUGUGUUUGAAUAUCUGCAACCUUAUUUACUUACCUCCUCUUUAGAUGAUAUCAUGAUAUAGGUCAUGACAUAUAUUACUUGUGUCAAUAUGUGUUUGAAUACCUGCAACCUUAUUUACUUACCUCCUCUUUAGAUGAUAUCAUGAUAUAGGUCAUGACAUAUAUUACUUGUGUCAAUAUGUGUUUGAAUAUCUGCAACCUUAUUUACUUACCUCCUCUUUAGAUGAUAUCAUGAUAUAGGUCAUGACAUAUAUUACUUGUGUCAAUAUGUGUUUGAAUAUCUGCAACCUUAUUUACUUACCUCCUCUAUAUAUAAUAGUUAUAUGUAAUUAAAAAGAGGCAUUUCUAUGAAUUGUUUAUCAAAAGAAACUGUAUAAAUAGUAUUAUAGUUACUAGCUAGACACUAAUAUUGUAGCCUGGUUGUGAUAAGGACCUAUAUUGUAGUGGCGCGUGUAGUACUCUUGGUGAGUAUAUACUAUACUAUAUACUAUACUGUGCAACUACAUGUACUCCUGAUUUUACUGUGCUUUGGACGAGAUUUAUGAUCAACAUAAUUGUUUCGCUUGUAUGGUUUUUUUUACUACUAGAUGUAUAUAAAACU